AUGAUCGAAGGAAUGGAGUUGAGAGUAGAGAGUGUUGCCCGAGAACUAGAUGAAUUUGAACGCCGAGAUGGAGCGCUCAUUAAUACUCUUGAGAAACAGGUGGAGAAAGCACGGCGAGACAAGUUGCGCUUAGAAAAAGCCCAAGCUCAUAAGAAGAGAAUCGAACGCAGGUUGAUAGCCGCUUACGAACGCAUGGAGAAACCUGAUGAGAAAAGCAAACCCGCGAAACCAAUAAGGUUUCGAUCGGUUCCCACGGAUGCUACACAAAAACGAAGACAAACUGCUGAGGAGAUCAGAAAGCAAGCUCUUAAGGAAUACACUGAGUUGUUGGGAAUCGAUGCUGCUGAAUAUGAAAUCCAGGAGGAACGACAGUGA